AUGUUAGAUGGUACAAUAUCUCAGACUGGUUGCAUAUGGCACCAAGUACAACUCACGGUCUUGGCCAAUGGCCAUCCCCACUCCAUUCCCUUUUUAGUCUGCCCUAUUGGUAAUACCCCGGCCAUACUUGGCAUGACGUGGCUUACCCAAGAAUCACCCCUCAUUGACUGGUCCUCUGGCACCAUAACAUUCCUGGACCUAGUCCAGAUUGCCUCCAAAGAAGAAGCCAAUCCAGACCCUCUAGCAGACCUUCCCCCACAGUACCAUGAAUUUGCUAGAGUAUUUGGUGAAGAGGAAUUCAAGGUUCUGCCUCCUCACCAGGAAUAUGAUAUAGCCAUUGAUUUCCUGCCAGAUGCCAAACUUACCCCAGGCCCCAUUUACAGGAUGACAGAUGCGGAGUCAAAAGCGCUUAAGCAACACAUUGAUGAGGAACUAGCUACAGGCAAGAUCUGCCCUAGCACCUCCUUGGCAGGCGCCCCAGUCAUAAAACUCAACAACGUCACCCACAAAAAUGUCUACCCGCUUCCCAGACAGGACAACCUAAUGGCUAAGCUCCAAAACGCCAAACUGUUCACCAAACUGGAUCUACAUUGGGGUUACAACAAUGUACGGAUCAAGGAAGGGGAUGAAUGGAAAACGGCUUUCAGAACCAAGUAUGGGCUCUUUGAGUAUUUGGUGAUGCCCUUUGGCAUUACAAACGCCCCCGCCGCCUUCCAACAUUUUAUGAAUGAUCUGUUCAGGGACCUCAUUGAUGUCACUGUGGUCAUCUACUUGGAUGAUAUCCUGAUCUUCUUGGAGAAACCAGAGGAACACCCUACCCAUGCACCACUCCCCCACGCCGUUUUCAAUAUUCCAUCCACACGCUCUGGCGUCCCUCACCCAUACUCCCGUCCCUCCAGCCGCUCCUCACGUUGUUCCAUUCCAACCCACUCCCAACCGCCCUCUUGCGUAUCAUCUCCCACUCCAAGAGACCUGUCAAGAAUGGAACCGGAGCCAACCACUGCCGCUCUCCUCGAGGCUAUCACAGCCCUCACUGCCACCGUCGGGUCCUUGCAGGCCCAAAUCACAUCCCAAGGCCAACAGCUCAUUGAGCUUAAAGCCAUAUGCAAGGAAACCGCCAACCUCCUUGGGGAUAAAGAUCAAGGAGCCCCACAAGCCCAGCCUGGCCCAUUGUCUGGGCCUGUCACUCCUCCCACCCACACGGAAGGAGAAACCCACACUCCAGGCACGGUUAGGCCUGGACUCAAGGCCCCAUUCCGACCUUCAAGAGGGACAGGCUUUGAUUCCAAAGACAAGGAAGAACCAAGGCGCCCCAAAAAGGAGCCUCAAGGAACGCCUAGGAGGCAUCUAGGGUCCCUAACCCCCUUUAACGCAGGGUCCAGCGUAAAGCGGCCUAAAAUGGACCUCCCCAAACCUUUUAAAGGCAACACCAGGGGACGCAAGGCCACGCAAUGGCUGGAUAGAAUGAUGCUCUGGGGCGCUCUCCACAGGGACCAAUUCGACGAGGAGGAGCAAAUGGUGGUAUGGAUCUUGUACCACAUGACCAACAAGGCAGCCGAUUGGGCACUCCCUAUCAUUGGGAAUAUCAUCAAGGGCGAGGGUAACCCCCCCACCACCAUCCAGGCCUUAACGGCCAAAUUUAAAGAAGCCUUUGCUGAUCCCAAUGCCAAAAGGGCUGCCGCCAGAAAAAUCGCGGUUCUCUCCCAAACUACCACAACCUCUGAGUAUGUCACAGAGUUCCGCAACCUCAUGGCGGAAUUAGACUGGAACAAGGAGGCCUACAUAGCGCAGUUCACGCGAGGCCUCCACUGGAAAGUCAAGGAAUUACUAUCAACCAAGGAUAGUGUUCCCGAUGAACUCAAGGCAAUUUUUGCGGCCUCUAUUAAAAUUGACAACAUCCGCCGCAAAAAUGAGGAGAACCGCCCUAAAAAGGCACCAGCCAAGUCCCCGGCCACUGUGGCCACCUCCACCACCACCACUAGGGUCCGUUUAUCAGAGGACCCCAACUACGUCACCCCGGAGGAACGGGAUCGUCACCGCGCAUCAGGACUAUGCGUCAAGUGCGGCCAGAAGGGCCACGGCAUCAAACAAUGCCCAAAUGGAUGGAAGGCCACAAUCAAGGAGGUUGCCAAGGUGGCAGAAGAAGAAGGGUUGGGAAAAGACUGA